AUGCCGAAAAAAACAGUCUCUGCGCUGGGCGUCGCCUCCAAGGCCAUAGACCCCACCCUCGAUGCCCUCUUUGCCUCCAGUGCCGGCCCGGUCGCGGCACCUGCAAAGUCUCGCUACUCUGCGCCGUCUGACCCCAAGUCCGCGCCCGACGCUGGCAGCGAGGACGGCGACGACGAGGUCUUGUCCGAGAUAAGCGAGGAGCUCUACUACGAAGAUGACGAUCAAUCUGGCAGCGAGGGCACGUCCUCGGAGGGCGACGACGAUGAAGCAGAGGAGGCCGCCAGCGACGAAGAGCCUGCCGUAAACGGCCAACCGCCGGCGGCGGCAGUCGCAGAGGCAGUAGAGGAGGCGCCCAAGGCCCGGCGGGAGCGCAAGCGCAAGAGAAAGGACGACAAUGACGAGCUCGAAGCCAAGUACCUCGCCGAACUGUCCAAAGACGACGUCCCCGAGCACGAGUCCAAGCGAUUCAAGGGCGAGCGCACCGAGCAAGACCAACCUGCCGCCGACGACGAAGACGUGCCCAUGCACGAGUCCCUCGCUAAGGAUCCCAACGUCUCAGACGUCGAGCGUGCGUCCCGGACGGUCUUCCUCGGCAACGUCUCGUCGGAAGCCAUCUCAGACAAGAAGGCGAAGAAGACGCUUAUGACGCAUCUGUCGUCUGCCCUCGACCCCAACGACUCGCCGCCCCAGAAGCUCGAGUCCCUCCGGUUCCGGUCCGUCGCCUUCUCUACUGGCUCUAUGCCGAAGCGCGCGGCCUACAUCACCAAGUCCCUCAUGUCCGCCACGACCAAGUCUUCCAACGCAUACGCCGUCUUCUCCUCGACGGCCGCCGCUCGCCGGGUUGUCUCCGAGCUCAACGGCAGCGAGGUUCUGGGUCGGCACAUUAGGGUAGACAGCGUCGCGCACCCCAGCCCCAUGGAUCACCGCAGGUGCAUCUUUGUGGGGAACCUCGGCUUCGUCGACGACGAGACGGUCCUAAACACCGACGGCGACGGCAAGACGGUGGAGAAGAAGCGCACCAAGGUCCCCGCAGAUAUCGAAGAGGGCCUGUGGCGGACAUUCAGCAAGCAAGGCAAGGUUGAGAACGUACGUGUCGUGCGGGAUCCCAAGACGAGAGUCGGCAAGGGAUUCGCGUACGUGCAGUUCUACGACGGCAACGACGUCGAAUCUGCCCUGCUCCUCGACGGCAAGAAGUUCCCUCCCAUGCUGCCCCGCGCCCUCCGCGUCACACGGGCGAAGGACCCCCGCAAGACGGCCCUCGCUCAGGAGCGCGCCAACGCCAAGGCGCACGCCUCGGACAAGCAGGCAGCGCGUGGCACGGGCUACAGGCCCAAGAUCACCCCCGAGCAGCAGGCUGCCGCGGGCCGCGCCGGCAAGCUCCUCGGCCGCGCCGGCGCCGCGCACAUGCACCGGAGCAGCAAGGGUGGUGCCCCCAACGGCAGCGCGCUCGACGGGAAGAAGACGCCGGAGCAGAUCGUCUUCGAGGGCAGGAGAGCGUCCUCCAAGGACGGCCGGCCCAAGGACCUCAAGUUCGGCAAGAAGGGCAAGGGCAAGAAGACCCGGCCGAUGCACAGGGGCGCGCGGAGGGCCGCGGAGUGGAAGAAGAAGACACCGUCCAGCUGA